AUGGACAACAUCAGAGUGAAAAUCGAUGGUCGGCAAUUAUACCAUCUUCGCUUUGCUGAUGACAUUGUCCUUAUAACACCAAAUAUUAGACAAGCGGAACAUAUGUUUGCCGACUUUGAUAAAGUCUGUGGAAAGAUUGCUCUUCGACUAGAUCUCACAAAAACGAUGCUCAUGAAGAAUGGAUUCGUUUCGCAUACUAGUGCGCUCAACGGAACGAAUAUCUCCGAAUGCUCGAGUUAUAUCUAUCUAGGUCAUGAAAUCAAUACGAUGAACGACCUAGCUCUAGAGCUGAGCAGAGGGAAACGAGCGGCUUGGGGAGCUUUCAAGAGCAUCGGGGAUGUCGUGAAGAGAAGGAAAAACACCCGCCUUCGUGCCCACCUUUUCGACUCAACGGAACUUCCUGCCGUAACGUAUGCGUCAGAAACUUGGUCGCUGCAAAGGCAGGGUGAAAGGUCAAUCAAGGUUAUCGAACGAGCAGUCGAAAGGAUGAUGUCAGGAGUAUCCCAUUCCACACAAGCAACGGAAGGGAUCCGAAGCUCCGAGCUACGUCAACGAUCAAAAAUCAAAGAUGCCGUUUUGUAUUCCGAACAGUUGAAGAUAAGGUGGGUCGGACACGCACUGCGUAUGAACGACAACCGAUGGACAGGAGCCGUUAGUGACUGGAUUCCUCUGGAUGUCAAACGUACUGCAGGAAGACCAUCGACCUGGUGGUCUGAGUUCUUCGCGAAGAGCCUUGGAAGAAGAUACGUUGCUCGAGGAAUCCCUAGAGUGAGCAGGACCCACCGGGCCACUCUUGCACGCAACAGGGAAAUAUGGAAGAUUUAUUAG